AUGUUUCACGGUUUCGAUGAGUCGGAAGAUUGCCCAAGAUUUGCUGGAAGUCGGGUUGCCACCGGUCGUUGCUCGGAUUUCACAUCGUCUACCAUGGCUGCACCGAUUUUGGCAAAUCAUCCCCAGAAAUUCUUCAUUCUUUCAGUUUUCAGACUUGCACGUCGUGGACGUAUCAGUGGUGUUUGCACUAUUGGAUUUCCUUUUUUUGCUUUUUUUGUUGAUUUUUCAUUGGCUUUUUGGUUUGUUCAAUCCGGAAUUUCGAGUGGAAACGUAACAUUCUUGGCAACAAGAGGAAGAGCAGCAACAUCAGAAACUGGCGGAAAUAUAUCACAUAUAACAAGAUAUCGAGUACAAAGCCAAGAUUUCAAGAAGAGAGAGCCAAGUCCAAGAUUAGCUGGAGAAACACGAGGAGAAAGCAGACAACAAUUUUAG